UGCCCACCAGCUCUGCCAGCCUGAGGACCUGAUGCCAUAAACCUCGGGAGCGCCCGCAGCCGCCGGCCGAGCCCAUGGCGCACACUGGCACUGCCCCCCCGGCGCCCGUCGGCCCCCACUGCUGCGUCUGCAGGGUGGAGCUGUCCGUCUGCGGGCACAACCUGCUGGACAGAGAUGUCACCUCCAAGUCCGACCCCUUCUGCGUCCUCUUCCUGGAAGUCGACGGCAAAUGGGUGGAGCUGGACCGCACGGAGACAGCAGUGAACAACCUGAACCCUGCCUUCGCCAGGAAGUUCCUCCUCGACUACCGCUUCGAGGAGGUGCAGAGGCUGAAGUUUGCCCUCUUCGACCAGGACCGGGCGAGCCUGCAGCUGGCAGAGCAUGACUUCCUGGGCCAGCUCUGCUGCACCCUGGGCACGAUCGUCUCCAACAAGAAGAUCACCAGGAGCCUGCUGCUGGGCAACGGGAAGCCAGCUGGCAAGGGCACCAUCACGGUAGCUGCCCAGGAGCUGUCAGACAACAGAGUGAUCACCCUGAGCAUGGCUGGCAGGAGGCUGGACAAGAAGGACCUCUUUGGGAAGUCAGAUCCCUUCCUGGAAUUCCACAAGCCAGGGGACGAUGGGAAGUGGAUGCUGGUGCACAGGACAGAGGUGAUCAAGUGCACGCUGGACCCUGUCUGGAAGCCUUUCACUGUGCCUUUGGUCUCCCUGUGUGAUGGAGACGUGGAGAAGCUGAUCAAGGUGAUCUGUUAUGACUACGACAGUGAUGGGGGACACGACUUCAUUGGGGAGUUCCAGACCUCAGUGGCCAGGAUGUGUGAAGCCCAAGAUGCCUGCCCACUGGAGCUGGAGUGCAUCAACCCCAAGAAGCAGAAGAAGAAGAGGAGCUACAAGAACUCUGGCAUCAUCAGUGUCAAGUCCUGCAAGAUCACCAGAGACUUCUCCUUCCUGGACUACAUCCUGGGAGGCUGCCAGCUGAUGUUCACCGUUGGCAUUGACUUCACAGCCUCCAACGGGAACCCUCGGGACCCAACCUCCUUGCACUACAUCAACCCCCUGGGGACCAACGAGUACCUGUCAGCCAUCUGGGCUGUGGGCCAGAUCAUCCAGGACUACGACUCGGACAAGAUGUUCCCUGCCCUGGGAUUCGGCGCCCAGCUCCCGCCGGACUGGAAGGUCUCCCACGAGUUUGCCAUUAACUUCAACCCCACCAACCCCUUCUGUUCGGGUGUGGAGGGCAUUGUCCAAGCCUACUCUGCCUGCCUGCCGCACAUCCGCUUCUACGGCCCCACCAACUUCUCGCCCAUCGUCAACCACGUCGCCCGCUUCGCUGCCCAGGCUGCCCAGCAGCAGGCUGCCACCCAAUACUUCAUCCUCCUCAUCAUCACGGACGGGGUGAUCAGCGACAUGGAGGAGACGCGGCAGGCGGUGGUGCAGGCCUCCCGGCUGCCCAUGUCCAUCAUCAUCGUCGGGGUGGGCAACGCCGACUUCGCGGCCAUGGAGUUCCUGGACGGGGACAGCAGAGUGCUGCGCUCCCAGGCGGGCGAGGAGGCGCUCAGGGACAUCGUCCAGUUCGUGCCCUUCCGCGACUUCCGCAACGCUCCCAAGGAGACGCUGGCCAAGGCCGUGCUGGCAGAGCUGCCCCAGCAGGUCGUGCAGUACUUCAAGCACCAGAACCUGCCGCCCAUCAACUCGGAGCCAGCCUAGAGCCGUGCCCAGGCCGUGCCCUCUGCGUGCCCGGAGCCGGCGGGCGCUGGCGGGCGGCGCGGGGUGGGCACUGCUGCGGGGAGGAGUUGCCCUCCCGGACCCACUCUCUCCUCUGUAACUUAAUGCUACACCUCCGACCCCUCCCGGAGCCGCCUGGGGGCUCCUGUCUGCAGCCCAGUGCCAGCUGGCAGGGAGCAGCCAGCGCCUGUGCCCAGGCUCUGCUGCCCAGGCUCUGCUGCCCAGGUCCUGCUGCCCAGGCUGUGCUGCCCAGGGUCUGCUGCUCAGGCUGUGCUGCCCAGGCUGUGCUGCCCAGGCUGUGCUGCCCAGGCUCUGCUGCCCAGGCUGUGCUGUCCAGGGUCUGCUGCUCAGGCUGUGCUGCCCAGGCUGUGCUGCCCAGGCUGUGCUGCCCAGGCUCUGCUGCCCAGGCUGUGCUGCCCAGGGUCUGCUGCUCAGGCUGUGCUGCCCAGGCUGUGCUGCCCAGGCUCUGCUGCCCAGGCUGUGCUGCCCAGGCUGUGCUGCCCAGGUCCUGCUGCCCAGGCUGUGCUGCCCAGGCUGUGCUGCCCAGGCUGUGCUGCCCAGGGUCUGCUGCCCAGGGUCUGCUGCCCAGGCUGUGCUGCCCAGGGUCUGCUGCCCAGGGUCUGCUGCCCAGGGUCUGCUGUCCAGGGUCUGCUGCCCAGGCUGUGCUGCCCAGGGUCUGCUGCCCAGGGUCUGCUGCCCAGGCUGUGCUGCCCAGCUCCUGCUGCCCAGGCUGUGCUGCCCAGGGUCUGCUGCCCAGGCUGUGCUGCCCAGGCUGUGCUGCCCAGGCUGUGCUGCCCAGGCUGUGCUGCCCAGGCUGUGCUGCCCAGGCUGUGCUGCCCAGGCCCUGCCCCCUCGCUCCUCCGUCAGUCUCCAUUGUCCUUUUACACUCUCAGUGAUCAGGAGAACAAAAACCCUUUUGAUGAGCAGGACUUUGCUGUCUCCGAGCAACGAAGUGCUCCCCCCGUGCCCAUGGUGCCAUGAGCUGUGCUGUCUGUGCCAACCUGCUCCCCCCCCCGGUUUUGUACCCUGCCCACGUUGCGUUUGGUACACUCAGGUUAAUAAAAGCCCCUUGGAGAUUUCA